AUGACGUCAAAUGUUUAUCUGACAAAACCUACGAUUGGUGGAAAAGGAAGAAGUUUUGGGGGAUCUCAACCAUAUUAUGUCCUAGAUGUGAACGUUUGGUGCCUUUUGAGUAGUCAAACGUUAUUACUAUUAUUACUUUUUUGUGGAGAAAAAUUAAUUACUGAAGUAUUAAUGGUUUCGCUUCGGGCGUUUGUACAUGUGAUGAGAAAACUUUUAUUAAUUAGUUCUAUUAAUUAA